GCCGCGAGGAAGUCGCAAGAUGGCUGAUGUCGCUUGGAAGUAAUGUUCCCCUCUGCAACAUGAAGCCGUGAGUGUGGAAGAAAGCGAGGGAGGCACCAUCGGGCUUUUAUUUUUAUUUUCUUUUAGUUACUUUUCUUUUAUUUCGUUAAACAUCCAUCUCAUUCCGCGUCGUGUCCGCCCCGGACUUGUCUUCGGGAGUUGACGCGUCAAAUCACGCCGGGGACCCUGCCAGCAGCUAGCAGCUAGCCACAGUUAGCAAAUAUUAGUCCAGCUAGCCAGUCAGCCGGGCUCUCUGCUCUGUACUUUUGUUUUUUAAUUCACCUUCUGACACCGGCGAGCCGACAAACUACCGCCGCACACGUGCUGAAAUCCGCCGGAGCUAGCUCAGAGUACAUGACAAGGUUUUCAGCUGUCAGAUAAAAACUCCCGAUUUUUCGAGCCGCUCGGUUCAACAUCAUGUCCGCGAACUGGCCGUCCAGCCUGCGGGUUGCUAACUAAUGCGCAGUAUUGCAUCUGUUUCAUGUGCACCAACCAGCAGGAUCAUUGCUUCUUUUUUUUUUUUGUAGACAUUUCUCCGUAAACAUCCACCACCUCGCUGCGUUUCCGUUACUUGCUGCCAACUACAUUUCGUACGCCGGUUGUGUUGAAGCCAAAUUAUGGGUGCGGGGAAUGUGUUGAACUUUUUCUGCCUGUAGGUAGCUACACUGGCCUUGCUGGCAUCUCACCAAAAAAAUCCACAGGGAUGGACACUAAACUGAGCACCCGCGACCAAAACUGAGAAAUUGGCUGUUCGGUAUCUGGAAGUUAGCACCAUUAGCAACGCGGCGGUGCGCGGUGACUCGUCUCGCUAGUCUACGGCGACGGAGAAGUAGUUUCGCAGGUUAACUAAACUAGUUAGUCACUACAGCGGAGACCAGCUAGCUUUGCCCGAAGUGCACAGCUAGCUACGGUCUCGCCCCACAACACAGCAGCACCACGGCGUACAGAACGUAUUCAGAGCCCGCUCCCGGCCAGACGCACCGGCUCAACAACACCGUCAUGGGAGUGCAGGGCUUUCAAGAGUAUUUAGAGAAGCGGUGUCCCGGGGCCGCAGUCCCGGUGGACCUCCUGAAGCUCGCCCGUACCGCGGCCCGCCAGCCCCCUCACCACCAUCACCCGCACCACCACCCACAUCACCCCGGGCCCAUGCCUCCCCCGCCCCCGCCCGCCAGGAUCCUAAUCGACGCUGACUCCGGCCUGCAGCGGCUGUACGGCGGCUACCAGACGGACUGGGUGUGCGGAGGCGAGUGGAACGCCAUGCUGGGCUACCUGGCUGCCCUGUCUCAGGCCUGCCUGUAUCAGGGGGGCCUGGAGCUGGUCGUGGUUUUCAACGGCACACUGGGGAAGGAGCGCUGGCCCGAGUGGGCGCGGCGAGCUCAGGGCCAGCGACAGACGGCGCAGCUGAUAGUCAACCACGUCGGCAGCAAGGCCACCCCGCCUCCCCGGGCAUGGUUCCUGCCCCCGGCCUGCCUCAGCCACUGCGUGCGCCUCGCCAUGUUCCGCUUCCGAGUGCGGGUUGUACAGACUUUGGAGGACCACCACCAGGAAGUGCUGUCUCUCUACAGGGACUACGGAUUCGCCGGCCUGAUCGCUCAGGACUCCGAGUUCGCCCUGUGCAACGUACCCGCCUACUUCUCUUCGCACGCGCUCAAACUGAGCUGGAACGGCAAGAACCUGACCACACACCAGUACCUGCUGUCUGAGGCCGCCAGGCAGCUCGGGCUCAAGACACAGCACCUGCCCUGCUUCGCUGCUCUGCUAGGAAAUCAUAUUCUGCCUGAUGAGGACCUGGCUGCCUUCCACUGGAGUCUGCUGGGACCAGAACACCCACUAGCUUCCCUCAAGGUGCGAGCCCAUCAGUUGGUGCUGCCGCCCUGUGAGGUGGUGAUCAAAGCCGUCUCAGAGUACGUCUCCUCCAUCAAAGACCUGGGGAACCUCGACGCCAUCGCCAGAGAUGUCUUCAAACAGUCACAGUCUCGCAUGGAGGACAAGGUGGAGCGAUUCAAGAAAGCUGUGGAGUAUUUCUCAGCUGCCUCCAAACCACGCUCGCCUAACAUGGGGCCCUCCUCUUUCAUCUUACCUGGGUUCGGACCCACUCCAUUUGGGGGACCACCUGGCCACAUGGGACCGAUGCAGCCUGGAAAGAAUCAGUUCCCUCCCCCCCAGGUUCCGGGGUUAAAGCCACCCUAUCAAAAUGCUCCAUACGGACCUGGCUCCGCCCCUCUGUUCCAGACCCCGCAGCCGCCGUCCCAAGACUGCAACGACUCGCUGACGGCCAAGAUGGGCUUCUCCGAUUGGUCGGCUCCGUACGAUUCCACUCAGGGGGGAAGCCGGCUACCCAAUCAUCACACCGGCACCCAGUCCGGUCCCUCCCCGUCUCCUUCCUCGUCAUCGGACGGAGACGAACCCAACGACAGCAACGCAAACCAUUUGACAGACAAGCCCUCUCGGUGGGAGGAUCCUGCUGGACGAGGGGGCUCCGCCUCUGGAGACGGUUCCCAAGGCAACGGGAGCGGGUCAAACAUUCCGUCACUGUUGUCUAUGGCGACGCGGAGUCACAUGGACAUAACCACACCGCCUCUGCCUCAGGUCAGUGCUGAGGUUCUUCGUGUAGCUGAACACAGACACAGAAGAGGACUGAUGUACCCCCAGAUUUACCACAUAUUGACCAAGGGAGAGAUGAAGAUGCCAGUGUGUAUAGAGGACGAGUGUAACUCUGAGCUGCCUCCUGCCUCUCUGCUGUUCCGAGCAGCCCGACAGUAUGCCUACGGCGUCCUCUUCAGUCUGGCCGAAACACACCGCCGCCUGGAGAGGCUCGCCCUCCGCAAGAGGGCUCCCCUGGAAGUUCCUCCAGUGAUCGUGAAAGAGUGGAGCAGCGGUAAGGCCAAGUCAGCCCUGACACCGGAGCUGGUUCCGGCCCUGUGUUUCCGCGAGUGGACCUGCCCCAACCUGCGGCGCCUGUGGUUGGGUCGUGCCAGCGAGGACCGCUCCAGGAGAACCAGGGCCUUCCUGGCCUGCCUACGCUCCGACUGCCCAGCCCUCCUCAACCCAGCACAGGUCCCACAGCAUCUGCUGCUCAUGUGCUGCGUGCUCAGGUAUAUGAUGCAGUGGCCUGGAGGAAGGAUCCUCCAGAGACACGAGCUCGAUGCCUUCCUGGCCCAGGCUGUUUCCAGUCAGCUCUACGAACCCGACCAGCUACAGGAGCUCAAGGUGGAGAAGGUGGAUGCCCGCGGCGUGCAGCUGGCCGCCCUCUUCAUGGCCGGCGUCGACACGGCGCUCUUCAUCAACGACGUCUGCGGCCAGCCGUUGCCGUGGGAACACUGCUGCCCCUGGGGCUUCUUCGACGGCAAACUGUUCCAGAGCAAACUGGCCCGGGCUGCCCGAGACCGAGCCGCCCUGCUGGACAUGUGUGAGGGGCAGGAGGAGCUGGUGUCCAAGGUGGAGAAGAUGCGUCAGGCCAUCCUGGAGGGCAUCAACCUGUCCCGCCCUCCUCCUCCCCCUCCUCCUCUGCCACCUCCUGCCUUCCUGCCCCCCGCCAUGGUGCCCCCUUUCUACCCCAUGCCUCCCCUGUACCCGCCUCGUCCGAUGGGCGGCAUGCCUCCUCAUCACCACCCGCAUCAUCCACAUCACCCAGCGCAGCACAGACCCAGAGCCUUCCCAGGCAUCCAGUCCAUCCCGCCUCAGGGAGGGAAGCUGGAGAUCGCUGGCAUGGUGGUCGGCCAGUGGGCUGGGAACAAACCAGUCCGUGGGAGAGGAGGCUUCAACAUGCAGGUGGUGUCAGUGGGAGCAGGGAAAGGGAGGGGUAAAGAGAUUCCAGCGAAAGUCCGGGGAGGGAAAAAGGCACCUGCCAACAGAACACAGAUGUCGUCAUCCCCCCCGUCAUCCAGCAGUCCCCCAAAGCCCUCAGAGGAGGCGAGCCCCACGCCAGAAGUUGCGACCCAGCAGCUGAACGGCAGCUCGGCAGCCUCCGCCAUCGGUCAGCCCUUGGAGCUGGCCCCCAUGGCCCAGCCAAUCCCGUGUGCCUUAGCCAGCAGAGACAACCAAUCAGAGGGGGUGGAAGUGGAGGCCCCCUGUUGCCUUGACGACUGCCCGUCAGACGGAGCGCUACAGAAGGAGGAGUAGCGGCGUCCUUUCCUGGGAUGCGCUGCUCUAAGAGAGUUAUCUGUGUUCGACUGCCUUUCCCUGUUUUUGUAGCCCCGUCUGCUGGCUGAGCACCGAUCACACGGAGCAGCGCGGCGCCUCCUCGUCCCCCCGCUGCUCCAUGUGAUCCGCCAGCCAGCUGUUACUCCCUUUUUAGUUUUCUCAUGUGGUUUUACAUUGUUUUAUGAAGAGAGGGUUUCUCCAUGUAAGCGCCCCACCCCUCAAAAAAAAAAAAAAGUCCUCAAAGCCUCCCUCCCGCACUCAAAGCAAGAUAAGCUUGAAGCCCCGCCCCCCCAUCACGACCCACCUCGUAAUCAAGCCCCGCCCCCUCUUUAGCAGGGGUGUCUGUACAGUUUGAAUUUCUUAUUUUGUUGUUUUUAAAUGGUCCCAUUGUUUGAAUCUCUGCACACAGAUGUUAAGCUUGUGGUUACGGUGACAGAUUGGAUGUGGUUUCCGUGGUUACAGCAGCUAGGCCUGGUCGCCGUGGUCGGUAGUUGUGUGUUGAUGUGGUUUGUUGUUGCCAUAGCCAUCUCGUGAGAGUUUUGUCUUACAUGAGUUGAGAGGUGUUCAGAGUGCGACUCUGGAUUUGUGGGAACGUUUCAUCCUUCUGUGCAGCGACCCACGGACCGGCAGCACCGCUAAGCACAGCGUUAGCAUACGUGCUAGCAGCAAACCCCUUUAGAGAUUGAUCGGUUAUCUAUCACUGGAGCACCUCUGCACCACCAUGGUAUUAGUGUGCUAUCUUACUUUGACCUAUGUAGCAUAGCCUAGCGCUGAGCUGUGCUAAGAGACCCCCAUGAAUUUAUGCACCUUAAGCCCUAAAGUAUGCAAGAUUUUACCCCGCUCCUCCAAAAAAAGUGCAUUAUUAUUAUAUUAUUGUCCCAUCCCCCCUUGUCCCUUUCUCCCAAAGCUUUGAUUGUAUUGUCCCCAAACAGAAGCACUUAAUGUUGUAUUUAAAUAUAAUGAAUUUGAACAAGCCCCUAUACAGUUGAAUUGACAGUCUGUGAGGGGUGUCCCCUGCGCCUGAGUAAAUCAGUACGACAUGUAGAACUACAUUUAAAGGUAGAGAUCUAUUUGAGAGACGUCAGAAUGUGAACAGAGUGGUUUCAGACAAAGAAGCACUUUGUUUUAAAAAAAUGUUAAACCACACUGGACAGUCCUCUACCAGGUGAUAAAGAAACGAGAAACUCUGAGGCACCUUCUUGAGUUAAGGCCAAAAAGUAAAGAACGAUGCUGCCCAGUGAGAGAUGGAAAUGAACGGUGAGGGUUUGGGCGACUGCUGCCAGGCACAGUUCCCCUCAGACUGGCCUCACGUUCUGCCAAGAACUUUGCAAUGAAGCUAGAAGGAGCCUUGAUUGUCCACGUCAAGGACUCCUGGGAAUCAUUUCAGAUUUCUAAAAAAGUUAUUUCCAAAGUGUAUUUUUAUACGGCUCGCCGCCUGAGGCAGCCAGCGAUGUUAAAGGGGUGUGGCAGCGAAGCCUCAAAGAUCCCUCCGCCCUCAGGUGGCGAUUGAGCGACUGUUGUCAUAACGAUAGCCCAACGCCGGGAGCUGUUGCCCCGCAGAGCUCCGGUGUGUCACUUUAGACCAGCAGGAAGCACUUCCCUGCCCUGAAGCCGCGCCGCCCGACGCGGCGGCGACUUCACGGGCCGGAUCACGCCACACGACAGGGGAGAGGGAGGCCUCUGCGGACCCGAGUGUGCCGCUCAUAAUCUGAGACUUCUAAGAUACUGAGAUGUUUUAUUAGAGCACUUAUGUUUUUAAAGAAUGAAAUGUGUCCCCCACAGUAGGUCUCAUCUGACGACGGAAAUACAAGUAUGUACUUUCUUACCGAUUACUGGUAGCACAACUGCAAAUGUAGACGCAGUAGAGCGACAGAUACUGCCUGAGAGAUGCUGGCCAUGAACAUUGGAAUCUCUAUAAACUUACUAAGAGGUUGAAAUGAACUCAUUAUGCGUGAAGAAAGAAAGAAAAAAAAAGGCAAGUCAACAAGAAGCACCUUAUUUUCUUACUAUGUUGAUGACUUGUGCUCUAUCGUGUGCCACAAAAUUGACAUGGAAAAAGCUCCUAUGAAAUGCCGUUCUGAAGGAAAUCAAACCCUGACUAUAUAUGUAAGUGUUAAUGUAGUCGCGUCAGACAUCCCCUCUGUUAUGAACUCAACCAUUACAGUGACACGCUGACAGUUGACCCAGCCGUGAGCGUAGGCCUACGCUCAUCGCCGCAGCCAGCGCUGGGCCGCCGCCGUCUCUUACACCAACACCAAACGAAACAAAAAAAAAAUCAAGAGGUUCGGACUUGUUAGCCGUUAUUUGGUAGGGAAUAAUAAGCAUACGAGUGCUGUAGGUGUUUCUAGGUUAAGAGUAGGUCACAGCGUCGGGGCUUAACACAGGACUGUAAAACACAGACACCAAGACUAGGCUAGAGAAUAUAGCUCCACUGGCCGAAAAUACUAAGUCUAGAAUUACUAGGAGUCAUAUACUUAACUGCUUUCAACUUUUGACAUUAGUACAGAUAUAUGUAUCGCAACAGUACAUUGUUAGAAGAUGGCUUUUUUCUGCGGCGAGCCAGAGUGUGAUCUGGUAUACGAUGCCCUCUCUCGAUUCGCUCGCCAGAUAACAGUUACACAAACACACAUUAAAUACAUGCAUAAAUACAUACAUACAGAAAACACACACACACACACUUUGAACAGACCGACAAGGAAAUCAGUCGCAUUUGUUACCAGCAGCAUUCUCUCUGCUUUCGUGCUGAAGUGAUAUUUUGUGCAGUUCCCAGUGGAGUGGUCGUCAGUUCAUCAGAGAUCAUUUGGUAACACAUUCUACUGAAGCUAUGAAGUCCCACACUCACGAGUUUUGCAUGGACGGAUUCAAGACAAAAAAAAACCAUCUGCAACGCACGACACAUUAACACAGCGACACACACACACACACACAGAUGCAUAGAUGUUAAAAUCCUGAGUUACACAGUAGCUAGUAUGGAAAAAAAACAAAAAAAAAAGUCAACACAACACAUGAUGUUAGUGUCCCUCUUUUGUCCUUGUCUGUUUUAGUUCGAUAGGUAUUUGAUCAGUGAUUUUUAUGCUUGUUAUCCUAACCCUCCCCCCCCAACACACACACCGCUACGACACUUUUCUCUCGCCUCCCCUCCCGUCACUCACUUCUUUUCUAAAGCCCACACACAGAAACACACACCGACAUAUAUCGAACACACAGGUCUCCCCCUCCUCACCCCUCACCCGUCCUGUAUUUCAGUUCUCUCUCGCCUCCCCCAUCCUCCCCCUACUUCCUCUCUGCCUCUCCGUUAGCCCUUUAGGACCGUUUCUAUUGGCCGUUGUUUUGUUUUUUUUUCUUCUCUUUUCUCUUCUGGGCUGCCCCGCCCCCUUUAAUCAAACCCAACUAACAGUAAAGGUUAUAUUAACGUUGAUAAUCAGUUUCUGUAUGUUAUCUAGCCAGAGUGGAGAAAAAAAAAUUUUCAGAAAAAAAAAAAA